AUGUCUCAGCCGAUAUCCUCCUCCACGCCUCUUCUGCACCGCGUUGCUUCAACCAUUCCUGGUCCCGGGUUGUUAUGGAAGUCGGGAGCAAUCUUAGUCGCAAUCGGCAUGGCUACGGGUGCAUUUGGGGCACACGGACUUAAGAAGAGGUCUGGAAUCACCGUGGAUCAAGUCAAUGCUUGGGCAACUGCCUCGCACUAUGCAGUCUACAAUGGACUUGGGUUACUGCUACUUUCCCUCCAUCCGCGCUUCGCGGUCCAUAGGUUUGCUGGGCCUGCCAUAGCGGUGGGCGGUGUCAUAUUUUCAGGCAGUAUUAUGGCGCUGAUACUCGCCCGCGACAAGUUGAGAUGGCUCGGUCCCAUAACCCCGAUUGGCGGUUCGAUCAUGAUAGCUGGAUACGUUGCACUGGCCCUCUGA